UUUUGGAAGAAAUUGUGAAUUUAAAAGAUCCAAUUUUCCAAGAAGGAGAUUUUGUAUUAUAUGAAGUUUCAACUAAUACCACAUGUGAUAUAAGUAAAACUAAUACUGAAGGUGAUGCUAAUAUAGAUUUUGAUCCUAAAAGUCUUGUUGAUACUAUCUUAGCUGAAUUAGACAAUUAA